GCUCCGAGAUGCUCUCUGAAGUGAAGUCCGUAACUGAUGCAGGCUGCAGGAGCUGAAGGCAGGACCACGGCUUCCUCCAUGCAAUCUUCAAACAGGAAAUCUGAGAUUCAUAACAUCUUAUAGUUUGGCUUGCCAUCAUUGGUCAUGCGGUGGGCCCGAAAUAAACUCCCUGCUUCAAAGGAGAGUGUUUCAGAGCUGCCAGGCAGAGCCGCCAGAAGCUCAGGGCCAGGGGAGAAGAAACACUCUGGGGGCAUGUGCUGAACUAAGACACCCUCAAGCAAAUCCUUUUUAUUAUCCCUGAACGGUCCCCUUGUUUCAGAGCCUAACAGGGUUUUCUGAUUUGAUGCUUCUUCCUCUCCACUGAGUGUCUGUUCUGGAGGCGGAGGUGAGCGGGGGAAGACGAUGGCCGCGGAGAUCAGUGCGCGGGGCAGACAGCGUGCCAUUGGGCAUGAGGAGUACAGCCUGUACAGCAGCCUGAGUGAGGACGAGCUGGUCCAGAUGGCCAUUGAGCAGAGCCUGGCUGACAAGACGCGGGGCCCAACCACUGCUGAGGCCGUUACGUCCAUACGUGCCAACCGCCAACCUGCCCAUUUCUACCCAUGGACCAGGUCGACAGCGCCUCCUGAGAGCCCAGCCUCAUCCCCCAUGGGUCUGUUCCAAGGUGUCAUGCAGAAAUACAACCAACGGAAGACCUCCCAGCUGGCGCCCAUGGACCCUGUGCUAAAGGCCAUCAAGGAAGACGAUGAAGCGGCCUUGAAGGCAAUGAUCAAGGACGGGAAGAAUCUCACAGAGCCCAACAAGGACGGCUGGCUGCCGCUGCACGAGGCGGCCUACUACGGCCAGCUGAGCUGCCUGAAGGCCCUGCAGCGAGCAUACCCAGCAACAAUCGACCAGCGCACCCUGCAGGAGGAAACGGCCCUUUACCUGGCGACGUGCAGGGGACACCUGGACUGCCUCCAAUCCCUGCUCCAGGCUGGGGCCGAGCCCGACAUCUCCAACAAGUCCCGAGAGACACCACUCUACAAAGCUUGCGAGCGCAAGAAUGUGGAGGCAGUGAGGAUUCUGGUGCAGUACCACGCAGACACCAACCAUCGCUGCAACCGAGGCUGGACAGCUCUGCACGAGUCUGUUUCUCGCAAUGACCUGGAGGUCAUGGAGAUCCUGGUGAGCGGAGGUGCCAAGGUGGAAUCCAAGAAUGCCUAUGGCAUCACCCCAUUAUUUGUGGCCGCCCAGAGUGGGCAACUGGAGGCGCUGAGAUUCCUGGCCAAGUACGGCGCUGACAUCAACACACAGGCCAGCGACAGCGCGUCGGCCCUCUAUGAGGCCUGCAAGAACGAACACGAGCUAGUGGUGGAGUUUCUGCUGUCGCAGGGCGCAGACGCCAACAGAGCCAACAAGGAUGGCAUGCUCCCGCUGCACGUCGCCUCCAAGAAGGGUAACUACAGGAUCGUGCAGAUGCUGUUGCCGGUGACCAGCCGCACGCGCGUGCGCCGGAGCGGCAUCAGCCCGCUGCACUUGGCGGCCGAGCGCAACAACGACGCGGUACUCGAGGCGCUGCUAGGCGCGCGCUUCGAUGUGAACGCGCCGCUGGCCCCCGAGCGCGCGCGCCUCUACGAGGACCGCCGCAGCUCAGCGCUCUACUUCGCGGUCGUCAACAACAACGUGUACGCCACCGAGCUGCUGCUGGCGGCAGGCGCCGACCCUAACCGCGACGUCAUCAACCCCCUGCUGGUGGCCAUCCGCCACGGCUGCCUGCGCACCAUGCAGCUGCUGCUGGACCACGGCGCCAACAUCGACGCCUACAUCGCCACACACCCUACCGCCUUCCCCGCCACGAUCAUGUUCGCCAUGAAGUACCUGUCGCUGCUCAAGUUCCUCAUGGACCUCGGCUGCAACGGCGAGUCCUGCUUCUCGUGCCUGUACGGCAACGGCCCACACCCACCUGCCUCGCCGCCCUCCAGCAGGUUCAGCGACAUGCCCAUUGGCGACAAGGCGCCCAGCGUGGUGCAGUUCUGUGAGAUCCUGUCGACCCCCGAGGUGAGCCGCUGGGCAGGGCCUAUCAUCGACAUCCUGCUGGACUACGUGGGCAAUGUUCAGCUCUGCUCGCGACUGAAGGAGCACAUCGACAGCUUUGAGGACUGGGCCGUCAUCAGGGAGAAAGCAGAACCCCCGAGACCUCUGGCUCACCUUUGCCGGCUGCAAGUUCGAAAGGCCAUUGGGAAAUAUCGCAUAAAACUCCUGGACACGUUGCCACUCCCAGGCAGGCUGAUUAGAUACCUGAAGUACGAGAGUACCCAGUAACCGGGCACAUGGACAAGAGGUGCUCCUCAGACUGUUUCACUAAAUCUCAGGACAGCGGUGUCCCCACAUCCAUGGGAACCUGGUGACAGAUGAGGCUGUGGGUUGUUCCCCCUGAGCUGAGGCAGCCACCCUGAGUCGCCAGGUCUCUGCGCCAGAGCUGUGCCCAGAGCAGAGAAUGGAAUGUGUCAAGUAGGAGAAAAACCAUGUUUAUUUUCAAAUGGAUGAGUAGAUCCCAGACCUUCUCUGCCAUCCAGAAUGGCAGGAACCUGCAUUCCUGGAGCAGGAGAGGCUGGCAGGGCAGAACUUGGGCUGGGCUGUGGCUGGAGCGUUUUCAGGGGGGUGAGCUUGCCUUUCCCGGACAACCUCCCUGCAAAGCUGGACCUCGCCCCUUCCUUUUUGCUCUCUGAAACUCUCCACUUGACGCCUGAGCUUCUUCCCUGAAGGUGUGGCCUGGUGGGGGUGGGGAAACCCUCGACCCCACAGGGCUCCCUUGAGUACAAUAAAUGUUGCACAGAGGCUGCUGUGCCCCGUUGCAGUUCCUGUCACCAGACCCCCCAGGGCCUGGGGUCCCCAGCUCUGCUCCUGGUAGGAGUGGGGGUGGGGCAGGGGUUGGGGACAGAGCACACGGACCUCUGAACAUAUUACUUUGGUUUGUGCUUCUCAAAGACCCAGGAGAGUGCGUCCUUCAUUCAUCAGAAGAGACCCAACAGCUGGAAGAGAGGGUCAGCUUCCGGCCUGUGGUUGGUUUCUCUCUCCUGCUUCAAUCACCAUGGAAACAGGAACUUUAUCACAAACAGGGCCUCUGUGCCCACAGGUCUCCUGACACCUGGGAUUGUCUCACACAAACCUGUUCCCUGGCACUCUGUCUUCAUGUCCUGCUCAUCUGUUCUGCUACAGGGGAAAAAAGCAUUUCAAUACUGGCUACUAUGAGCAAAGGUGCUAUAGUCAUGGCCAUCAUCAACCCUUGCAAGGCCACCAAACUUGAGAGGCACGAAGCCCUGUCCCAUCUAUUGCCUCCUUUGGUCCCCCUGUGGCUCUGUGGGAUGAGCCAGGCAGGAGCUGCCGGCCCAUCUUCGACGGUGCAAGAGAGAACGCUGCGGUCCGGCAGUCGUGGCACAUUUCCGGUGGUCUGAGUCCUGUGCACUGAGACCAGCACGCCCUGUUCCCAUGGAAGUUGCAGUGACUCAUCUGUGUUCUCUUCCCAAGUGUGAUAAAAGCCCCGGAUCAGAGGGGACUUGGCAGUGUCUUGCCCACUCCCUUGUGGUAAGAUGGGGAAACAGGCCCAGAGAGGGGAGGGGACUUGCCCAGGCACACACAGCAAGUCCCUGGGGUUCCAGCCCAAGAGCGCGUGGCCACAGCCCCACAGAGCUUCGCUGCAGAGAUUCCUGAAGAAAUCCUGAAGGAAACUUGUGUUCUCCCAGGGUGAAGUUGUUCAAUCCCCAUGGGGUGGGGUGGCAGUCAAGGACGGGACAGAGCAGAAGGACAGAGCAGAAGGACAGAGCAGGACAGAGCAGAAAGACGUUGUUCAAGUGCAUUUGGGGUGGGGCUGGGUAUCAGGCCUAUUCAAUCUACACCAUUUCUCACCUUAGGUCCUAGAGAGUCUUUGCUGGUAGUGGCCCCAGGCACUGGGUGGGGACCUUCUGGAGGAGGUGAGGCUGAGGAUGGAGGUUGGAGGGGUGAGGAAGGAGGGCUGACACCAGUUAUUUACAGACUUUGGGGCCCCUGGACCUGGAAUGCUCCUGCGCCACAUUUGGGUUCUUAGAUUAUUGAUGUACAUCCCUGCCAGUUGGUCACAGGCACUGGUCAGCACCCCUUUCCUCACAAGUAUCUUGCCCGGCCUUGACCUUCUCGGGUCCCCACCCCCCACCUCCCACAACCCAGCAGCUAAAGGGUUAAUGCCUGCCCUAGGGCCUGCUCCUGCUUUGUUCUGAUUGGUUGGUGCUCGGGCUGUGCGAUUGGUACAUGUUUUGAGCAUCACUGCUGGAUUUUCAGCCAUCACCCUAUGCAGAAACCCCCACUCCCACUCCCAUGCUUCCCCAGUCCCCCAGGAGGAUUUCAGCCAGAGAUGUCUCCACAGCAUCACCAAACGCUUAAAAUCCUGAACACAGUUCCACGUUGUGAGCAGGAGGACGUUUGACCUGGUGCCAGGUGUUUGAGGCUGGAAGAGGUGAGUCCCUGGGUUUCACUUGGAAGCAGCUCAAUUCACUUUCUGGUCAGCGGAGCAACAAUACUCAAGCCUUCCUAGACGUGUGUUUUUCCCCGAGUUGCUCCUGCCCGGGAGUCAUGGUACCGGCUGCUUCUGUUGAG